GAGCCCUACAACCGCCUCCGGCCGCACCUCCAUCGACGGCUGCGGAUCCACGCCCACGACGAGGCCGCCGCCGGAUAUGCCCCACCACCAUCGUCGGGUGCUUCCCCGACUGCCUUCCUCGCCGCUUGCUCUCAGGCCACCAACCCUUCUCCCCUGCUCAGCAGGCGCCGGUGCCGCAGUGUGCGAGCCUGCGCCCGGCCGCCCCCUUCCCCUCCACCUCCGGCUAGUACGGCCAGUUUGGCCCGCCUCCUGUGUGUCGCUGCCAAUUCGGCUCGGCCUAAGGCGCGUCUUCCCGGUCGGAUUUGCCAUAGCUGCGGCGGCACCCCUCGCCCGCACGCGCUGCGGCUUGUGGCGGCGGCAGCCACAACCCUUCACCACGCCCCUCGACGCCCCCUCCUCUGCGUCGUUCGGUAUCCUCCCUACCCCAGCCAUGUUCGACCUCACCACCCCUACCCUGACCCCCUAUCCCGCUGCUCUUAACCCUAUGUAGUUGCUCCUGGCACUUCCUACGGUAUUCCACCACCCUUGGUGCCUCCGGCUCUGCCCAGUUCCGGCGCUGUCGUUGUGCGCGUCCUCCUCCACGAUGGCCAGCUUAUCCGGGGCACCUUCGUGGCCUUCGAUCGCGCCAUGAGCUCUGUCCUUCGUGACUACGUCGAGCUCCACCCCUAGACCGCCGGUCGUCACAUGGAUGGACCCCUUGUCUUCCCUCGUGCAGUGAUCGUCUCCUUGGCAAUCGAGCCCUCAUUGUCCCCCUCCCCUCCUAGUAGCCAUGUCGGAGCACCUCCUCUGGCUCUUUCCACGCACCCUGCGACUUUCCUAAGAUCUCCCUUCCCAUUGAUUGGGUGGUCGAUUCUGGAGCCUCCUUCCACACUACUUCCACCACUAGCUCAUUAUUCCACUCUCAUCCACCACACCCCUCACAUCCUCUCUCGAUCGUUGUGGAUAACGGUUCCACCCUCUCGGUCACCUCAGUAGGUGUGUCUUUCUACCUCAACGACGUCCUUGUUGCUCCCGGUUUAACUCAUCCCCUUCUCUCGGUUCGUCGCUUCACUAGUGACAACCAUUGUUCUACGGAUCCCUGGGGGCUCACCAUACGCCACCUUCCCACUCGUGUCGUGCUUGCUCGCUGUGACAGCUCCGGUCCCCUCUACUCUCUUCACUUGCCAUCCACUUCCCCCACCACCAUAGCCCCCUUGCUCUUGCUACUACCACCACCUCCGUCGUUUGGCAUCGUCGUCUCGAACACCCUAGACCUGACGUGAUGUCCCAGCUUUCCAGCCGCUCAGAUAUCGCCUAUACCCGAGGCCCAUCUUAGCGCUUCUGUCAUGCUUCUCAGCUCGGGCGUCACACUCGUCUUCCUGUUUCCACUUCCACGUCCCAGGCUGCUCACACCUUGUGUAAUGAGGCAGGCCCAACAUCUAUCAAUAAAUUUAUAUCAGUCUCUACCCUAGUUAGGGUGACGGGUUUCUCAUUCCAACUGUUGGAUUAUCUGAUCUGAAUAGACUGUAAUUUAAAACAAAUAGGCAGUUCCACACCAAACAAGUCCUUACCCGUCUGUAAAUAUUGUGACCUUAUUCUCACUCAUUUUCAAUUUCGGUGAAGCUUCGGGCCCAGCAAUGCGCAUGGUGCCCCCAUCUAGCCUCAUGCAGUCGUACCACGGAGAGGCAGCCUUGCUGAUUGCUGCCUCAUAGGGGGCUCUUUUGAUAAAUAUUUUUUCUGAGUUUUUUAAUUGUGGAUUUUUGUAUAAUCUAGCCGUCACAUGAAUUUAGAUAUUAUG